AUGGAAUCGGCCCAGUCGACCACCUAUGAACCGUUGGAGGGCCGUAGUUCCGGUAUUCGCCAUGAACCCAUGGAUAGUCCAGAGAAUGAUAUACGUGCACCGAAGGAUCAAAAACAUAUGGUCUAUUUGGCCAUGCUGGCGGCCGGUAUUGGAUUUGUGCUGCCCUACAAUAGUUUCCUAAUCAAAGCCACAUACUGGCAGUCACGUUUUCCUGGACGUUCCGUUGCAUUGGAUAUGUCAAUGACGUACAUUCUGGUCGCAUUUGGCACCGUCCUGCUAAAUAAUGUUUUCCUUUCGUUGGCACCGUUUCGUGUGCGCGUCAUGUUCGGCUAUAUUGUGUCCUUUACCACAUUGGUGUUUGUGGCCGUGUGUGAGGUGGCCUGGCAUAUGUUUGCCGCCAACACAGCCUAUACGGUCAAUUUGGCAGCUGUCUCAUUGGUGGCGAUUGGUUGUACAGUUCAACAAUCAAGUUUUUAUGGCUUUGCCAGCAUGUUCCCCAAACGUUAUACCCAGGCAGUGAUGGCCGGUGAAAGUUUGGCUGGAUUUUUGGUGUCUUCCAAUCGUGUCGGUACAAAGCUGUUGAUACAAAAUGACCGCAUCUCAACGGUGAUAUUCUUCUUCACCUCAACGCUGUAUAUUCUGUUUAGUUAUUUGUUGCAUUUGGCCACCAUCAAUUCGCCAUUUGUCCGUUAUCAUAUGAGAGCGUGUGCCAAGAUUGUCCUAAGACCGGACGAGGAUCGGUUGAACGAAAUCGAUGGUUCCACUCCGACAGCCAAAUAUGGUGUAUUGACAUUGGAGCCCAGCAGUCCCACGGUACCGAUACCAAAUAAAACCACACCGGCUGCAUUGAGUUUCAGUAAUCCAGUGUACGAACUAUCGAACCCCUCCGCUGGUGAAAGUGUUAUUGAGGGCCUGAAUAAUUUACCCGAUAUACCCACAACACCACAGGAACCGGCAACACCCACAACGGUGGCUUUUAAAGUGGAGCACGUAUUGACACCUGGCACAUGUACCCCUGGAAAAUUAAGUGAUUUAAAAACAGGCUUUGCAUCACGAUGGCAGGUGGCCCAAUCCAUUUACCCAUAUAUGGUUUGCAUUGCUUUGGCCUAUUGUGUAACGCUGUCGCUAUAUCCUGGAAUAGAAUCGGAAAUUAUUUCCUGCAGUUUGGGUACCUGGAUGCCGGUACUGCUGAUGUUUACAUUCAAUACUUCCGAUUUAAUUGGUAAAACAUUGGCUGGUGUGCCAUAUCCAUGGUCGAGGAGACAACUGAUUUUGAUGUCGGGAUUGAGAAUUGUAUUGGUCCCACUGCUGCUGUUGUGUUGUGCUCCGCGUCAUCAACCGGUUAUCUCGGGGGAAACGGCCGCCUUCAUUUUUACCAUUGCCUUGGGUGUGAGUAAUGGUUUGGCGGGUAGUCUCCCGAUGAUGUUGGCACCGGCCAAGGUAAAUGCUACGCUUAGAGAAGUUACGGGAAAUAUGAUGACUUUGUCCUACAAUGUGGGGCUGACGGUGGGCUCAUUUAUUGGCUAUGUUUUUGAGUCGAUGCUGGGGGCACAGCUGACAAAUCCUUGCCCCAAAUAUCCCUACAUAAUGGAUCAUCCACAAUAUCCACAUUAUACGGCGACUACCACAAGUUCUUCGUUGCUGGGUAAUGCCACCGCCAUUGCAUCGGCCAUUUUGACUUCCACAAUGCCACCCAGCGUGGCCAGUGCAAGUAUUGCAAGCAGUACUGGAAGUACUCCCACUAUGGAAACAUCCACAAUGUUAUCGAUUUUAAAUAGCAGCAGCACAACAUCGGUGGCAGCAAUUGGCUCGAUUACCACCGCAGCACCGAGUGUGGUGGCGGCGACAACAUCUACAGCCACCUUGGCAGUGUUAUCCACUGUGGCUGCCACAGUGGCCACAAUACCCGAUGUCGUGAAUACCGUUGUCAACACAUUGGUCACGACGAUAAAUGAUCUCAGUUCGGAGUUAAUGAAUGGUGGCGGUACAAGUACCGGUGAUCCUCAGACCCCAUUGGAACUAAUGAAUAAAGUUUAG